CAGAGACAGUCCUCAGGGCUCAGGCAGACUCUCAGUCAGUGUGUCUCUGGUAGACGGUGGUAUUAGAAGUGAUCUAGGCACACUCACUCUACUGUUGUGGGAAGGCGAAUGGAGGCGAAGAGAGAUGCCCAGCAGUAAGUUCGACGAGCUCCUGGCUCGACUGGGGACGGGGAGAUGGAAUUACCUGUGCUUCUUGGCUGUGGCCUACUGGAACAUGCACCUUGUACCUCACACUUUAGCGGGAGCGUUCUUAGCGCCCAAGGUAGAUUACACCUGUCACCUGCCCGAGGAAGGCUACACAAUCACCUCCACGCUUGUCAACGAAGCAGAUGGCUCCAGGAGCAAUGACACAAACCACUGCGAAUACUUUGCUAAAAGUACCGACAACGGUGGAGGUUUCGUUACGCAUCCGUGCAAGAGCUGGGUUUAUGACAACUCUACGUACACCAGCACGAUCACUUCGGAGUUUGAUUUAAUAUGCCCGUACAAUUACCUCCGAGCGACCUAUCAGAGUAUGUACAUGUUUGGUACGUUUGUCGGGGCACCUCUCAAUGGAAUUCUAUCCGACAGAUAUGGAAGGAAGACUAUGCUGUCCAUAGGAACGACUCUCUUCGCUCUCAUUGCCAUAGGGUCCAGCUGGAUCCCAGAUUUCUCCGCCAUUUUGGUGUCGAGAUUCUUGUUGGGUCUCCUGCACCCGGUGGUAAUACAGACGGGGUAUAUACUAGCCAUGGAAGUGUGUGAGCCCCGUCACCGUUCUGUCGUUGGUAUAAUCCUUGCCCUGCCGUGGGCAAUAGCCACCAUGCUGUGGGGAGGCGUGGCCUAUUUCAUCAGGGACUGGCGGUGGCUGCAGACAGCUGUUAGUCUCUCAGGAAUUCUCAUCAGUCCAGUUCUUUGGUUCAUGGAUGAAUCUCCAAGAUGGCUUAUUGUGGAGGGCAAAUUUGAGAGGGCUAACAAGGUUUUACGAAGGGCAGCGAGAUGGAAUAAGGUCACCCUCCCACCCCAAGAAGAAUUAAAUGCCCUCAUGAGAACCAUACAGGGAGAGUCUGCUUUUGCCAAACAGCAAGCAGUGCAGGACCAGCAAGAGACUUCUGGGUGUCGGCAGAAGAGUUUGUAUUACAUUAAAAGGCUUUUCAUUUUGUUCAGGACACCCAAACUCCGAAAAAUCACGAUCAUCGUAUAUUUGAAAUUCUUAUUGGUAAAUUUGGUCUUCUAUGGGCUUGCACUUAAUGCAGUCAACUACAGUGCUGAUCCAUUUGUGUACAUGGUCCUCGGCGGAUUAGCAGAAGUGCCUGCAUACACAGUGACGGCUCCAAUUGUCGCAGCAUUUGGACGCCGUGUGCCGUCGAUCCUGUUGUACCUUUUAAGCGGUGCCUCUAUUUUUGCUGUCUCCUUCAUUUCACCAACAGAUCAUCGCUUAAAUUCUCCACCAAGAUCAAGGGGUUCCUCUGACGGCAUAAGGUUCCCUGGUUAUGAGGACAUGACCCUCAUUCCAAAAGAUUAUGUUGGGCCUUCUGUCCCCCCAAGUUUAAGCUGGCUGGUUAUGACCUUAGCCAUGGUGGGUAAGAUGUGCAUCAGUGCUGCCUUCCAGCUGCUGUACCUGUACUGCACUGAACUCUUCCCCACUGAAGUGAGACUCCAGGCUCUGGGCUCAGCUACGAUCGCUUCACGAAUAGGAUCAAUGACGUCUCCAUUUAUCACAGAGUUGCUGGGUCCACUUUAUCCAAGGGCGCCAUCUAUAUUAUUCGGUAUAUCAGCGUUUGUAGCAGGAAUAGCUACAAUUCCUCUGCAUGAAACUUUAGGCAGACCUCUGCCUGACACUAUUACAGAACUGGAGAAUCCUGAGAUACAGGAACCUGAAGAACCAGACGAAGAAACAGAGAUGUCUAAACUCCGCGCUUAGUUAGUCUACAAAUCUGUGAUGAAGCUUCUAGGUUCCCUCAACCGCAGUCGUGCUGUUCUAGCGAACAAGCUCAACGGAUGAUCUACCUCCAAUAUCCUAAUUUGCAUUUGCCAUUCUCCAUGCAUGCGUUCUUCUGUGAAGAAGCGUGCCGCUUGACAUGUAAGACAUUAUAUUAAGUGAACUUAUGGUUUUAAUAGUAAUACUUGCUACUCAGAAGAAUUUAUAAGGAAUUGGCAGUGAUAAGAAUGCAUUGUUUUAUCAGUAGUAUUCCUUUCAUCGUAACAGCAUUUGUAUUCAUUGAGUCAAGAUUCGUGGGCAUUCUCACCCUUAAGGGUUCUUUGAUAAAAGACAAAUAUACCAUUUUUCCUCAUCUUGCUCUCUUUGUGAAGUAAUCUUUUUUCUAUGUCUCUGUAUUUAUAGACUUGUUUGAAAGACUAGCAGUGGAUUAGGUUUUGGUAAGCCUCAAGUAAGGUCAGUUCAGUAAUAUAAGUUUUUUUUAAGGCUCAAAGACUUCCAUUCCCAUUAGGUAUGUGAAUUGCAUUUUCUUUAAUAUGAAGGAUCUUUGUACUAUGCAUAGAGCUUUGUAUGUGUAUUACUCAUUAGAAUAAGCUAAAACAAAAGCAGUACAUUACUGCACCCAUCUGCACUUUUACCUCUACAUUGGUUUUGCAACCAGCUGUAUAAGAUGUAUUACAUCAACUAAGCUUUGAGAAGGCUCUGUCAGCCACUUGUCACGCUGUUAUUCCACGAUACAUUGCAUUAUUAAAUUUUCGUGAAUUACUAGAUUUUCAGAUUCUCAAAUUGAUACAAGUGCAGGAUUAAUAAUUUGUUACUUUUCAAAGCUAAAUUGUGUUAUUAGUAGCCCAGUGUUAAUAAUGCUAUUCUGUUGUCCAUCCGGUAAAGGUUCAACAUGAAUCAGUGUGUUUUCUUCAUAAGAUUAACAGUCAUCCGACUUGACUUCAAACAUGAAUUUCAUUCUUGACAUUUAGCCAGUUUUUUAAAUGAUGACUCUAAAGUUGAGAAUUUACUCUUCAAUGAAGAGAAGGGUAAAUAUUCAGGUAAAUAUUUUACAUACUUAAAUGUAUAGUUCUCCCAACUGUAGCAUUUACUCAUCCAUUCUGAUAUUAUUUACGGCUCCUAUUCUGACAUAGUUUUUCAAAUCAGAAGACUGAAGAUGGACAAAGGACGUUACUCAAUGAUGACGCUAACAAAAGGAUAGUGAUAUCUAUGACUCCUUAAACAACUGAUAAUUCCAAAGAUUGUCUGGUUGAAAGCCUAGAAAAGGGAUUUUUGAAAGAUGCUAGUUUUUUUAUUGAAACAAUUAUUCCUGGAAAUGCUUAUAAAAAUGGAUUAAUGUACACUUUUACUUUAAUUCUUGUACCAAAAAUAGCUUUGUUUUUCAUACUUUCAUAAUUUAAUUUUAUUUUCAGAAUGUAUCUUGUAAAUCUGUCUAUUACUUCCCAUGAUCUGUAUUUCCCUGAGUCCUAGUAAUUUUUCUUACCGAAAUGAAGGAUGUACGUAGUAUAUUUUCCAAUACCAUAACGGAAAAGGCAAUACUCUGACCAUGACAUUUAUAUGCAUUUGUCAUCCAGAGUGCUUUGGGCAGUAUUUCAAAAUUGCAGUCGUGUACUGGUGAGUUUCAUUUAUAUAUAUUUAUAUAUAUAUGCUGAUAACUUCUGCUUCUUAUUUGGUGAUCAUGUGGGAUGCAUGAGUUAUGUCAAUAUUGUGAUAGAUAUUAGAUGCCAUCGUAAUGGUUUAUCAAAUCUUUAUAACAUUUAUUAAAGUUGUAUUUUGUAUAAAAAUUUUUAUGUAUAA